AUGGUAAUUAUGUUGGGAGUAACUGUGACUCUUAUUAGAUGUGGGGUGCUUGUGGAGGGUAAGUUGUUCUCUAAACAGAAGAUUUUGGAAGCCGAAAGACAAUUAAACCAACUUGGAAGGCCUGCAGUUAAAACCAUUCAGAGUGAAGAUGGUGAUAUCAUUGAUUGCAUUGACAUUUAUAAGCAGCCAGCUUUUGAUCAUCCUGCUCUCAGAAACCACACCAUCCAGAUGGCACCAACAUAUGACAGAACCAAGGAGACAAAGACAAUGGAAAAAAUGGACAGAUGGAAGAAGAGGAAUGAAGAACAAUCUCCCAUUACAGUGAAGCAAACAUGGCACAAAAGUGGAAGCUGUCCUCAGGGGACAAUCCCGGUCCGAAGAAUCCAGAAAAAGGAGCUUCUGAGAGCCAGCUCGGUUAAGGACUACGGUAGAAAGAAGCACAGUUCUACCUUGUCUCGUCAUGUUCCACAGUUAAGUGACAACAAAACUGUGUACCUUCAACGAGCAAACCACUCGAAGGCAAUAUUGUUUACAGAAGGGUACAGAUAUAAUGGAGCCAAAGGAGACAUCAAAGUUUAUAACCCAUCUGUCGAGCUUGAUGAUGAAUAUAGUACUUCUCAAGUUUCCCUCAUAAAUGGUGCUUAUUAUGACUUUGAGAGUGUUGAAUCUGGAUGGGCGGUAAAUCCCAGUGUAUACGGGGACAGACAGACUCGAUUUUUUGUGUAUUGGACUGUUGAUGGCUCACAGAAAACUGGUUGCUUUGAUCUCACUUGUCCUGGAUUUGUUCAGACUAGCCAUGAAAUUGCUCUUGGUGCAGCAAUCCAUCCAAUCUCUGUUCCUCAUGGGCUUCCAUAUCAAAUAAUUGUCUACAUCUACAAGGAUCCAGUAACAAGCAACUGGUGGGUGCAAUAUGGGGAGAAAAUUAACAUCGGUUACUGGCCGCCGGAGCUGUUUGUCUUAUUAAGCUACCAUGCAACAAGUGUUGAAUGGGGAGGUGAAGUUUAUAGCUCAAGAGUGGGAACUACGCCUCACACAAGAACAGAUAUGGGCAGUGGACACUUUGCUGAGUCAGCAGUUUGGGGGACUUCAGGCGUCAUAAAAAGAAUUCGAGUACAUGAGAAUUCACCUGGGCUGAAAUUCCCUGAUAUAGUUAAUACUUUGAUGGAUGAGUUCAACUGUUAUGAUGUCAAGUACCUUUCGGAUUAUGUUGAAGAUCCUGAGUUCUAUUAUGGAGGGCCUGUGACUCUAAUUAGAUGUGGGGUGCUUGUGGAGGGUGAUUUGUUCUCUAAACAGAAGAUUUUGGAAGUUGAAAGAAAAUUAACCCAACUUAGAAGACCUGCAGUCAAAACCAUUCAGAGUGAGGAUGGUGAUAUCAUUGAUUGCAUUGACAUUUACAAGCAGCCAGCCUUUGGUCAUCCUGCUCUCAGAAACCACACCAUCCAGAUGGCACCUACAUAUGAUGCAACAAAGGAGACAAAGACAAUGGGAAAAAUGGACAGAUGGAAGAAGAGGAAUGAAGAACAAUCUCCCACUACAGUGAAGCAGACAUGGCACAAAAGUGGAAACUGUCCUCAGGGAACAAUCCCGGUCCGAAGAAUCCGGAAAAAGGAGCUUCUGAGAGCCAGCUCGGUUAAGGACCAUGGAAGAAAGAAGCACAGUUCUACCCUGUCUCGUCAUGUUUCAGAGUUUAGUGACAACAAAACUGUGAACCUUCAACGAGCAAACCACUCGAAGGCAAUAUUGUUUACAGAUGGGUAUAGAUAUAAUGGAGCCAAAGGAGACAUCAAAGUUUAUAACCCUGCUGUUGAGCUUGAUGAUGAAUAUAGUACUUCUCAAGUUUGUCUCAUAAAUGGUGCUUAUUAUGACUUUGAGAGUGUUGAAUCUGGAUGGGCGGUAAAUCCCAGCGUAUAUGGGGACAGACAGACUCGAUUUUUCGUAUACUGGACUGUUGAUGGUUCAAAGAAAACUGGUUGCUUUGAUCUCACUUGUCCUGGAUUUGUUCAGACUAGCCAUGAAAUUGCUCUUGGUGCAGCAAUCUAUCCCAUCUCUGUUCCUAAUGGGCUUCCAUAUCAAAUAAUCGUCUAUAUCUACAAGGAUCCGGUAACAAGCAAUUGGUGGGUGCAAUAUGGGGAGAGAAUUAACGUCGGUUAUUGGCCGCCGGAGCUCUUUGUUGCACUGAGCUACCAUGCAACAAGUGCUGAAUGGGGAGGUGAAGUUUAUAGCUCAAGAGUGGGAACAACUCCUCACACUAAAACAGAUAUGGGCAGUGGACACUUUGCUGAUUCUGUUUGGGGGACUUCAGGAGCCAUAAGAAGAAUCCGAAUACAUGAGAAUUCACCUGGGCUGAAAUUCCCUGAUAUAGUUACUACUUUGAUGGAUGAGUUCAACUGUUAUAAUGUAAGGUAUCUUUCAGAUUAUGUUGAAGAUCCUGAGUUCUAUUAUGGAGGGCCUGUGACUCUAAUUAGAUGUGGGGUGCUUGUGGAGGGCAAUGUGUUCUCUAAACAGAAGAUUCUGGAAGUUGAAAGAAAAUUAACCCAGCUUAGAAGGCCUGCAGUUAAAACCAUUCAGAGUGAGGAUGGUGAUAUCAUUGAUUGCAUUGACAUUUACAAGCAGCCAGCUUUUGACCAUCCUGCUCUCAGAAACCACACCAUCCAGAUGAGACCCAGUAGUCAUGUACAAAAUGAUCAUAAUUCCUCUCAGCUGGUAUCUCAAAUUUGGCAAAGGAGUGGAAGCUGUCCAGACGGAACCAUUCCCAUUCGGAGAAUUCGAAAGCAAGAUUUAUUGAGAGCUACUUCACUUGAAAACUUUGGGAAGAAAAUGCCAGUGCAUUCUUCCUACUCCCCCACAGAUGACAAAGGCACUGUGUACAUCAACAGCACCCGAGUCGAACUCGGGCCUCAAGUCAAUCGUUCAGCUGCUAUCCUGUUAACUACUGGAUACAAUUAUAUUGGUGCUCAAGGAGAUAUAAAUAUUUGGACUCCAAGAGUUGAAUCACCAGAUGAGUUCACUACUGCUCAAAUCUGGCUUAAGAAUGGACCUGGAGAGGCUUUUGAAAGUGUAGAAUCAGGCUGGGUGGUAAACCCAAAGGUAUACGGUAAUGGAGCAACUCGACUUUUUGUAUAUUGGACUGCUGCUAUCCUGUUAACUACUGGAUACAAUUAUAUUGGUGCUCAAGGAGAUAUAAAUAUUUGGACUCCAAGAGUUGAAUCACCAGAUGAGUUCACUACUGCUCAAAUCUGGCUUAAGAAUGGACCUGGAGAGGCUUUUGAAAGUGUAGAAUCAGGCUGGGUGGUAAACCCAAAGGUAUACGGUAAUGGAGCAACUCGACUUUUUGUAUAUUGGACUAAGGACUCGUACAAAUCAUCAGGUUGCUUUGAUCUCACCUGCCCAGGAUUUGUGCAAACCAAUAAAGACAUAGCCCUCGGUAUGGUCCUUGGACCUGUAUCAUCUAAAAUGGGACCUCAAUAUCAAACCACUUUCAGCAUCACCAAGGAACCAAGCACGGGAAAUUGGUGGGUGCGUAUUGGCCAAAACGUUCCUGUGGGAUAUUUUCCUGGAGAGCUCUUCUAUUAUUUGACACGCGGUGCUGCAACAUUAGUUGAAUGGGGAGGAGAAGUGUUUAGCUCCAAGGUGAAGCAAAAUCAUCCACACACUGGAACGGGGAUGGGAAGUGGAGAUUUUGCAUCGGGCAAAUUGGGCAAUGCAUGCUAUGUGAAGCAAGUUAGGAUUAUAGAUUAUUCAAAGCAAUUGAAGUACCCAGAAUGGGUAGGCACUUAUUCAGAUGAAGAUUAUUGCUACUCUGCAUUGAACUAUGCUCUGUCUCUUGCUCAAGAACCUGUGUUUUACUUUGGCGGACCGGGUCGAAAUCCUCCUUAUUGUCCCUAAGUUGUUCAUAAUCUCAAAUGAGGACGCUUAAUUUCCUUAGUUUUUUUCUUGAAAUAAUGUCCAAAUAUAUGAUGGCUUGAGC